AUGAGAGUAAGACGUUUGCAAACGUAUUUAACUGAACAUAAUUUAUUAAAAAAAAGUCCAUUGGACAAUAUUAGAAAUUUGACAUUAGGAAUAGAUGCAAUAUAUUUUUUAAGAACAUCUAAUGAUCUAAAAGAUAUUUUAAGUGACGUAUCUGGAUGUAUUUCACCUUGUAUUUUUCAUUUAAUAGAUAAACAAUGUGAAUAUUUUGAAAAAUUAAAUAUUAAUGUGAUAUUCGUAUUUGAUGGCAUUACUCCGAAGGCUCAUAAACUAUUUUCAGCAAAAUAUCAUCAAAACAUGGAUCAAGGAUGGUUUUAUUACGUUAAUGAUGAAAAAAAGUUAUCUUAUAAAAAUUUUUCGCAAGUAUCAAAUAUAUGUAACUCAGAUUUUACAUUUUUAAUAUUUCAUUAUUUAAAGAGUAAGGGUUAUAAAUGCAUAUAUGCCCCAUAUUUGGCAAUUUCUCAAUUGUCAUAUUUUUUAGAAAUAAAUAUAAUUGAUAUAGUUUUGGGUCCACCUACUAUGGUUUUACAAAAUAUUCAAAAAGUAAUUUUAAAUUUUGUUUGGAAAAAAAAUUAUUUUGAGUGGAUAGAUUUAUAUCAUUUAUUAAAAACGUGGAAUAUAAAUAAAGAACAAUUUAUUGAUGCCUGCUUAUUAGCAGGUACAGAAUACUGCUUAACUUUUCCAUACUUAAAUCUAUCUCAUUUUAAUCAUGGGAAUCCUCAUUUUAAUUUUGGAACUUCUAUUGAAUUUAUCAAACAGUCACCUUUAAUAAGUUAUUUGCAACAUUUUCCAAACGAAGAAUUAAGAAAUAAUCAUAUUGAUGGAUAUUGUGUUUGUAAAACCCUCAUAAAAUUUCCAGUUGUUUUAUUAUGCAAUGGAGAGGUUGAUUUCUUUACUCCAGAUAAAAAUUGGAUUAAUAUGAAAUUGAAAAAUGAUAACUUGUUAUUAAAUGGUAAUAAUAAAGAAAGUAAUAAAAUUACAGAUAAUAAUAAUAAUAAAAGUAAAAAAGAUGCAAAUGAGAAAAAUAAAAAAAUAUCCAAUGUAAGUACUACCAACUUGAAUAUAGAAAAUUCUUUAAAAAAUUAUGUACAUAACUCUGAUAUUUCUAUUAAUAACAAUACACAAUCAACAGAUGAUAAUUCAGAAAAACAAAAAAAUAAUAGCACUUUAAAUUGUGAUAGUACAACUAACUCUCAUAAUUUAAAUGGCAUAGAAAAAAAUAAUGUGAAUAAUGAUGAGGAAGCUAAUCCAAAUAAAAAAAGAAAUAUACACUGUUCAAAUAUUGAUGAAAAUCAUAAUUAUAGUAAUUAUGAUUUAAAAAAUACAAGCGAUAAUGAAUAUAAUUCUAACAUAAAAGAUAACAAAUCAACUGACAAUAAUUUAACAGAUAAAAAUGGUUUAGUAUUUAACGGUAAUAAUAACCAUGAUGAAGAGAAAAAUAAUAACACAGAUCUAAAUAAUAAAAAUGGGAAUAUAAUCACAAAUACUUAUAAAGAAAAUAACAAUAAUGAUACUUUAUGUAAUAACAAAAGCAUAAAUUUUAAUAAAGCAAAUAUCUAUAAUUUAGCACCAUAUGAUUAUAUAAAAGUAGUAGGAGCUAAAUUUCCAACAUGUGUUUAUUAUUUGAUGUCAGUUGGUCUUAUAAGUAAAAAAUUGCUUUGUGUUUUAGCUUUAGGAGAAUGGAUUGAUUAUUCUCAUCCAAUUAUUGAUUCAUAUGAAUAUAGAGAUUCAUUAAUAGACUUAAGAGAAUAUAGGUGUAGAAUAUUAGGAUUGAUUUCGACGAAAUUAAAUCCUUUCUUUUACAAAAGGAAAAUAAAAUUUUUUGAUUAUGGAUAUUAUAUUAAUAAUAUAUUGGAUAAAAAUAACAAAUGGACAUUUUUGGAUAUUAAUUUUGUAGAUGGGUUCUUAUGGAAGAUAAAUAAGGAUAACGUAAAUGAAGAAAUAAAAAGACAAAAUAACAAUAAAAUUGAUUUACAGUUUACAUUAAGAUGGCACUUACAUUCUGAAAGUAACAAUAUAUCUCUUGUUCAUAAAUCAAAAGAAAUAUCAGAUGAUAAAAAUGUUUUAAAUGAUAAAGGAGAAAAAUCCUCUAAUAAUACCAACUUAAACGAAUCAGAUGAUUUAGAAAAUAGAGAAAAUAAUAAAAAUAUUAAUACCUCUGAUAAAAAAAUAAAAAAAUAUAAUUUAUAUUAUAAAAAUCUUUUAAAUGCAAAUAAUCAAAAUUUUAAUAGUUUUUUAUGUUUAGUUUAUUUUAUGUUUCUUGAAAAUUUAGGCAUAUUCACGAAAAAUUGUGGUGUUACUUUAUUUGGACUUUUAUUAUCAGAAGUUAAAAACAAAGAUAUAGAUAAUAAUAUUUUAAUUAUUUUUGAAUUACUUAAAUUUGGUUUUUUAACAACUCAACCAUUAUUACCACCAAAUGGUAAAUCUUACCCUAAAAAUGCUUAUUCAUCAGUUAUGAAUAACAAAAAUUUAGAUCCACAAGAUAAAAAAAGUGUUCUUUUGUUGUCACGAAUAUAUUCUUUAUAUAAUGCUAAUAUUGAUCAACAUAAAACAUAUGAUGGAUUAAUUGAUUUUGAUUUGUGUGCUUUUUUUUCUGUUGUAAAAAUAAUUAAGAAAACCUUGAGACAAUUACUUCAAGCUUGUGUUGCUAAUGUUCUUAUAAGUAAUAUGGAAUUAAUACACAUAUUACCUGAUAAUUUAUAUAACCCUUUUGAUACUAAUAUUUCAGGAUUUUUUGUAACACAUCACCUUAUGGGUGUUUUAACAAAAUUUUUUUUACUGUUUAACUUUGAUGAUUUAAAAAAAAAAAAGUCCUCACCAACUGCAAGCCAUGAUAAAACAGUAAAUUUAAAUGAAAUUAAUAAUAAUAAUAAUAAUGAUACCUAUAACAAUAAUAACAAUACUACUGAACAAAAAAAGAAUAAUCCUGAUUUAUACAAUGUAAAUGAAAAACAUCAUGAGCAUAAUUGUGAUUUAAAUAAAAUGGAAGUAAAAAAUAAAUUGAGUAACAAUGAUAGUUUUAAUAACUUAAAUGAAAAUCGCAUUAAUACAGUCGAUAAUGAGGACCCAUUUAAUGAAAAUGAAAAUAAAUGUGUAAAUAAAAUUAAAAGCAUUGAUCAAAACCUUAUGACAGAAGAUAAGAAAUUUAUAGAAAACGAUACAAAAAUUAUGGAGGAAAUAAAUACGAAUGAUAUCAAAAAUAAGAAAAAUGGCCUAGAAAACUCUUGUGAGAAGAAUUCUUUUAAAAGUAAAAAUAAUAAAAGUGAUUCUAUCGAUAAUUUAAAUAAUCAUUAUGAUAAUAAUAGAAUGGAAAUUAAAGAAUAUAGUGAAAAUUUAAAUAAUUGUGAUAAUAAUGAAAAUAGGGAUAACGAAAAGGACCAUUAUAGCUGUGAUGAAAAUGAUCAAGAUACUUUAUCAAAUAAUUUUAAUGAAUUUGAAAAAGCAUUAAGAAAAAAUUUUCCUAGUUUUUUAGAUCCAGUAAUUGAUUUAUGUAAUGCAAUAAAUACAUGGAGAGACCACUUAAGUUUAAUUACGCAAUUAGAGAAACAUACAAAUGUGUAUGAUUUAGUUUCAGAUCUAAAAGCUGCAGAUAAGUUUUUAGAGAAAAAAAUACACUAUAUAGGACUUCAUAAAACACCAACUUAUAUAAAUAUAUGUUCCUCAUAUAACGGAUAA